AUGUCUUUCCCUGCUCCCACCAAAACUUACCGGACACAGUCGUAUGCCGCGAUUUCUUCAUCUCGCCCAGAACUUUCAACCAAAGGCAAGAGUGCCUUCAUCUCGGGUGGCGGCGCAGGUAUUGGUGCCUCCAUCGCUAAAUCGCUCGCAAAGUCCGGCAUCGCAAGCCUCGGCCUCCUAGGACGCACGAUUAAGUCCCUCGAGGAGACUAAAGCGGCCAUUGAAGCAUUGAACGCAGAGACAAAGGUGUUUCUCUACACUGUCGACGUCACAGACGCAAAGGCAACCACCGAUGCAGUCGCCUCCUUCGCCAGCUCCGUCAAUGGAGGCAAGAUUGACAUCCUCGUUGCCAACGCAGCUUACAUGUCUGACCUCAAGACCAUAAGCGACUCGGACCCGGAAGACUGGUGGCGUGCUUUCGAAAUUUCUAUCCGCGGCAACUUCAACCUCCUCCGCGCAUUCCAGCCCGUCGCGAAACCCAGCGCCGCGGUAAUUCACAUCUCCACGGCUGCCAUCCAUCUUCCCUACAUGUUUGGCUACUCUUCCUACCGCGCCUCCAAGAGCGGCGCAACAAAAUUGUUCGAGUACUUCCGCGACGAGAACCCGGGCUUCUUUGUCUUGCAGGUACACCCUGGCCUCAUUGGCGGCACGGUCAUGUCGGAGAAAUUUGCACCGAGCGUGGAGAAGUUUGGGCUCACGUACGAUGAUAUCGCCCUACCCGGGGACUUCGUUGUGUGGGCAGUCAGCGAGGAAGCCAAAUUUUUGAAUGGGCGGUUCGUCCACGCGAACUGGGAUGUUGAGGAGCUGGUUGCGCUGAAGGAGAGUCUUGAGAAGGAUCAGAGUCGGUUUACUGUUGGGUUGCAAGGCUGGUACUAG